AAAGACCUUGUUGAGCGACUUGAGUUGAUAUCAAAUGGGUUUACGAAAUUGGAGGGAGUUGUGAAAGAAAAGAAGAAGUCGAUGAAGAAAGAAGACGAAGAGAAAAAUGGUGCGAAUGAGUGGGAAGUGUUGUACAAACAAUGGGAAACGAUUUUACCACAGACCAUCGAAUUGUUCAAUCAAAUGAUCGACUUACAGAAAAGUGUUGUCGACUAUGAAAAGAGUUCAAUUGAAGUCACACGAAUUUCUCACGAGCAACUUGCAAGUGCGGAAGAAUUACUUAAAGUGUAUGAGUGGAGUCUUGGCGUUGAAGAAAUACGAUCGUAUGAGACGGGAGGAGAUGUGAAUAAAAUUAUCGAGAGAGCAGAGGAGUUGACAAAGCAAAUUCCAGUGAUUGAAAAGUCAAUGCAAUACGUUGGAGAGAAGUACAUCAAAGACAAAGAGAGUCACAGAUCGACGCGGUUUGUCAUUACACCACGCAAGAGAGGGAGGUUAGAGUUAAUGUAUGGCAAAGAGAUGCAAGAAGAGAGUUACACUGAAAAGCCAUUUGUCGAGGUAUUCAAGAAAGUGCAGAACAUCAACAACUGGAAACAAACCCUUUCGAAGAAUUACUCAAGGCUUCAGACUCUUCAAAAAGAGGAAAGAACACGUAACGAGGCGAGGGUUGAAUUUUCAAAGUAUAUUAAAGUCAUAGUCAAAGCGAUUCAGAAAGGACAAAUUACAAAAGAUUUGUUGGCGGUCUCUGAAAAGGCCAAAGAACUUUCAGUAGGGGAUGAGUCUAUCAACAAAUUGUGUGAUCCGAAUGAUUUGAGAUUAAUCAAAGAAUAUAGUUCGAAGGAUGAGACGUUUUCUUUGGCAAUUGGGUUAAAGCGUGGGGGUGAGAAAGACAUUAUGAUCAAAACAUUCAAAGAAAAGUUUCUUGAUGAAGUAGGAGAGUUGGAGAAGUAUGUUGAAGUGAUAUUGGCGGACCUCAAAAGUAUAGACGCCAUGUUGAAAGACCAAAGUGCUGAUUUGAUCAAUGAGAAGUAUUUGUCAUUCGCGGAGAAAUACAGUGAGAGCUUUGAGUUACAUGUUACAUGGUAUCAAAAGUUGAUAGAAAACCAAAACCGACAUGGCAACUUUGUGGAGGCUGGUGUGGCGUGUACACAUAUCAUUAUCAUGGUAUACACCAUUUUGAGACGAACGAAUGUGAUCAAAGUAGAUUUGGAUAUGAACUAUUUGUACGACAUCAUCUCAGUUGAAUCCGAGCAGAUAAAGGUGGAGAAAAAGCAACCAACGUACUUGAAUAACUCUAUGUUUAUUAACAAGGAGUUCUUAUUUAAUGUGGUGUUUGCGGCUGCUGAUGCGUUCAGAAAACAAAAUCUGCAACAAUACGCAAUUUCUUUGAACAACUUUGUUAUACCAUAUUGUUCCUCUAUUGGUGAUUUUAAAACACUUUCAAGAUGUCAUGGAUCUGUGAUGCAGUUGUAUCAAGAUAUUAAAAAUGUGAAUACGUACGUCGGAUUUUUCUAUCGAGUCACUUUCUAUGGAAAUGCGUUCGAAGCACUAUUUAUCACUUUUGACGAUGACAAGAACAACACUUCCUCACGUACAAAUAACAACAUGAAUCCUCAAAACAACAACAAAAUUGGUGUUUUCAAGCGAGAGUACAUUUACAGAAGUUCUUUGAGGUCGGGGGACUUUCUCGAGUUUCUCAAAAACGCGUAUAAGACUGUUCCAAAUCUGACAAUGACUACAAAGAACACGUUUGAAAUUCCAGGAGCAACAAACGACGGAAACGAAAACUUCAUUUGUGUUGCUUCGGUUAGUGCGUGCAGCCCCGACAAAAAAAUUGUCGAUAAGUUUUUGUCAACAAACAUUUUUGCGAGUGAAAUAUCGUAUAAUCCGACUGGUGGAAAGAUGGACGAACUUUCUAAAGUGUGUAAAAAGCGCACAGUGAUCAUUACGAAGAAGAGUCUACCAUCAGUCUUAGAAAGAGAACCUGUUGUCUCAACCGAGGAAGUGACUCUUACUCCAAUUCAAUCUAACACGGACGACAUUGAAAAACAGAUCGAAAAGGUUGCUUCGUUGAUUGAAAGUACAAGCACUAACACUGGGAAGAUCUCACAACUUCAAAGACAGUUGAUGGGUAUUUUGUGUGCGAAUGUUAAUGGUGGUGUAUUGGCUGUGUGUAACACCUUUUUUACAAAAGAAAAUAUCAAAAACUUCGGACAAAACGACGUGAAGAAUUUGUAUGAUUCGAUUCUCCGUGUUGUUGAUUUGUGUAAGACUGGACUCCGACUCCACAAGUCCUUCAUGAAAAUCGAAUUUUCUCGACUGCAAAAUGUGAUGGAGCUUGGGCUUGUUAAUAUUGAAAGAACACUGAGGGAGUGUGGUGUGAUCAUUGACGCAUACAUGCAAGGCGAAACAGAACCAAAUCAAGAGGAACCCGAGCAACCUGAACAACAAGAACAUCCUGUCAAUUAA